AUGUCCUACAUGGUGGGGUUCGGGGCGCGGUACCCGCGGCACGUGCACCACCGCGGCGCGUCCAUGCCAUCGGUGCGCGACCACCCCACGCGCAUCGGCUGCGACGAGGGGUUCCGGUACCUGCACUCGCCGGACCCCGACGCCAACGUGCUCGUGGGCGCCGUCGUCGGCGGGCCUGACGGCAGCGACGACGCCUUCACCGACAGUCGCGACAACUACGCGCAGACAGAACCCUCCACCUACACCAACACGCCGCUCAUCGGCGCGCUCGCGUUCUUCGCCGUCGGCCGACACCGCUGA